AUGGCUAGUACUGCUAACCCGGUACCAUCAAACCCUAAGCCUACGGGUGAUCAGCCUACGGAUAAUCAGCCUACGGAUGUCCCAACUGACACGUCGUUUCGAGUACAACCUCGACAUAAGCGUGCCGUUCUGGACAAGUCAGGCCAGCCUUUGGCUGUCAACAUAGGUGAGGGUGACGUUUGGCAAGGAGCAUUCAACAACAAUGGAUCUCCGCUUGCUGCAGGGGCGUCGUUACCGGAGGAGGACGGGUCACCGGGUUUGAUAACAACCCAGCGGGCUGUUCCGCAGGCUGGAUCUGUUGGUCCACCACGAGUGUCCAAGUGUCCACGGACUUCGACACCGCCGCCCGACGCUUCAACGGUGCCGCCCGACACUUUGAUGGCGCCGCCCGACGCUUCGACGCUGCCGCCCGACGCUUCGACGCUGCCGCCCGACGCUUCGACGCUGCCGCCCGACGCAUUGACACAGCCGCCUGGCCCUUCGACGCCACUGCCCGACCCUGCGCCAAGAACAUCGAAGCGUACACGACGUGCAACACCUGAGUGGACUCCCACGCCUGUUCCGACGCCUGCUCCGACGCCUGUUCCGACGCCUGCUCCGACGCCUGCUUCGACACCUGCUCCGACACCUGCUUCGACGCCUGCUCCGACACGUGAACUGGAACGUGCACCGUUUCCAGCAGCGGUGAUGCGGCGAGAGCGGUCUGUCACGCCGGAAGAAUUCAGUCGUGAAAGACUGAGGAAGAAGGGUCGUUUUAAUAAGAACGCUGAGGCUCAUGCUCGAGACCAUACGGCGGGGAUGGCUGCUGCAGCUGAGUCUAACAAGGCUGGGUCGUCCCUAGCAGAUCUCGAAGCACGCCGCAAAGUCCAUGUCCACAAUGCGGUGCCUCAUGCGAUCUCGAGUCAGGCUUCGACUGUGCUCUCAUGGACUACUGAAGGGCCGACAACUGAAAAGUCGAGGAGAACGUUCGAUGCCAACGACGUUGUUCUUGUGCGUCCCCGCCCGGGAAUCAGGCGGAAAGAUGGGUCUGUCCCAGAGAAAAAGACCUUUACUCACUGGGAAUGCCUGACUAUGGGAGCACGCAAGCACUAUCAGAAGACUGAGGGCGGCGCAGUUGUUAUCGACAAGGAUCGACUCACACUUGACCGCAGCCUGACCGGUUGGCAGAUCACGAAGAUUGAGAAGAGCAUCCGGCUGAUGCGCGAGACGACUCGAGAGAAAGGACCGGCACGGACUGAUGAAGAGAAACGGAAGGCACGCGCGGCAAAGAAGCAUAGGCGCAAGGUUGAGAAGGAGGCUCAGAAGAAGGUGAAGGCUGCAGAUCGUGUUGCUUUGAAGGCUGCAGAUAAGGGGAAGGGUAAGGAAGUGGCCGAGGAUUUCAGUGGUUCAGAUCUCAGUUCACUCCCAACCUCUGAUGAAGACUAG